AUGACGCGUAAAAACGUUGUGAAACAAAAAAAUAGUGACCCCAAGUUUGUUUCAUACGUCACUCCAAAAGCUCCAAAGGAAGCUGUUAGUCCUACACCAACUCCUUCGUCUUCUUCAACCUCAACUUCUGUCCCCACCAACUUAGAUUUAGAAAUUGUUCAAGAAGUUUUUGGUUCAUUACUAGAAAAAACAAUGGAGUUUGAAUUUUUUGACGUUUCUAAAAUUACUACUCCUAACAAAAUUUCACCAGUUAUUCUGCCCUCGAAUAACAACAAUAAUAAAAACAACAAAGUUGACAAUAUUCCUGAAAACUCUUCUUCAACCAAAGAUAGGUCAAAACUUUUGGACUCUGACAAAUAUCUUGAAGACGAUGAUAUGGAAGAAGACCUAAAAGAUUUCAUAGUUGUUACCAAAGCUACCCCCUUUGCAGUUGCUAGUCAUAUCAAGCUAAGAAAAUGGCUUUGGCUGAUUGGUGAAGAAUGGAAACAUAAUCUAAAUAUUGUUGCAAAUAUUGUCAAAGACAUUUCAUAUCCUUUAGAUCCCUUGCCUCAAUCUUUAAAUUUAUCAAAU